AUGCAGCUCUUUAUUCGAUCUCUCACGGAUCGUAUAUUAACAUUUGAUUUGGAUGCAUCGACAACAACCAUUGAACAAUUAAAAAAACUAUUAAAACAACGAGAAGGUAUUCCAUGUGAUUAUCAAUGUCUCAUAUUUGGCACAAAAAUAUUGGAUAAAAAUCAAUUGACAUUAUACGAUUAUAAAAUAUUCAAUCGUUCAACAAUUGAUAUGACUCUCACAGAAAAAAGUGCAAGUAAACCGGGACCAACUGGUGGACAAGUCCUUUUAGCACAUGGUAUACAAAUAAAUCAACGACCUGUGUUUCAACAUAAAUGUAUGGCAACGAAUUUCAUAAAUACUGAUUAUAAAUUAUUAGAAUGCAAGGAUAAAUGGAAUCCUUCUAAACCUAUUGAAAUGAUAUUUGAUUUACCCCUAUUAUUUUCGUGUACACCGUGUCUUGGUUCAACAAGUGGAUGGUUUUUAGUUGAUGAUAUUGAAUUAUGUGCUACAUUAAAAAUAUAUGAAGUAAAGAAUGAAUCGGUAAUAUUAAUAUUUGAAGAACAAUGUGCCUAUGUUGAUUUAGAACAUGUUGGUUUUCUUUAUGGAGCAAAAAAUCAUUCAUCAUUAAAUAAAUUAUUGAAAAAACAAUAUUUACCAGUAAAUGGAUUCAAAUCAGAGACACGAUACGAAGUACAAUUUUUAAAUUUUCAAGGACGUGGUUUACGAUGGACAUUUCAAACAAAAAAAUCAGAAAAAUUAAUCACAGUUGAAACAACAAUUGUCACUGAUUUAAAAUCGUUAAAUUUAAAUAUGCUAACACCAAUGCAAUGUCAAGAAAAAUUAGCUGAGUACAAAAAAUUAUUAAAUCAACAUAUUUAA